AUGGUCACAACCCUGGCAAACGAGAUAAGUUUUUUGGGCUUCCCAAGCCAGUCAGAGGAUGCGAAUGAGAUGUGGGUGAACAUGGCGAAAACCAUAAGAAAAGUGGCAGAAGAGACCUUGGGGGAACUUAUGGUAUGCACGGAAGAGGAGGAUAGGAUUGAAAAGAGAGUGAGCUAUAAAGAAGCAAAGCGGGCGGCCAAAAAAGCUGUAACGAAGGCAAAAAACCGUGGUUAUGAGGACUUGUACCGGAAGCUUGAUACCAAAGAGGGAGAGAAACAGAUUUUCAAGUUAGUAAGGACUAGGGCCAAACAGCGGCAAGACUUAGAGGCAGUGAAAUACAUCAAGGAUGAGGAGGGACGAUUGCUCAAUGAGUCAAGGGGACCAAAGGACGCGGAUAAUCAGAUUUUGGAUGCCCAAAGACCACGGGAAUACGAGCCAGCGAGGAAUAUUACCACAGGAGAAGUAGGAGAAACUAACAAAAAGAUGGGUAGAACAAAGGCAGUAGGGCCAGAUAACAUCCCAAUUGAGGUGUGGAAGGGUUUAGAAGAAGAGGGCAUUCGUUGUGGGACAUCACUGGUAGGUGAAUCAGAGGUGUUCAUCGACGACACAGUUGUUAAGAGCACAACCAAGUACAAAUAUUUGGGAUCAAUCAUUCAAAGGGAUGGGGAGAUUGACGGAGAUAUAAAGCAUCGUAUACAGGCGGGAUGGUGUCUUAAUAAGUUUACUGCUAAGUUUUGGUUUGAGGAUAAAUUCAAAUGGACAAACAAUGACUUAGAUUAA